AUGUAUGCGACUAACCACAGUAGAGUGAUCCAGACUUCUUCACCCCCACCAUAUACCGUCAUCAACUGCCACCACUCCACCAGAACCAACCACGGCUUCUUUUUUAGUUCAGAGACCUUGACCGUGUGCGAAAGAAUCUGGACGGCAAACCGCGGUCUCGUCACCCAAAUCGGCCCCAAGGCUUGGGCGUCAUACACUGAUCAAGUGACGAUGACUUCUGUUGACGAGAUCGCAGAGGACAAGGGUGAAACAAAAUGGAUAGCUUGGAAGGAGAGAGUUCUGGAUUCCAUGGAUGAAAUAGCUACUUUCGUCGCUCACCGUCGCCAGGGUGGUGAUCCCGAAAGGAUUGUUCACUAUUAUCGGGGCUCCUUUAAUAUCUGCAUUCAUAUUAAAUUUAAAGAUACUUGCCCUGAUGCUGCAAUCCGGUUUACUAAAGCUGGGGUCACAGCUUUCAGGGAUGAAAAAGCCGAUUUCAUGCUUCAACUUUACAACCUCGAUUUCACUCACAUCAGAGCUAUAUCGGAAGUCGUUGAAGGUGCAAAUACAUGGGCCGUCACUGGAAGGCCCUUGACAUAUAAUAAGAAUGAACUGGCCACAUCCACGGGCUAUCCAAUUAUCCGAUUCCCUACGGAGUGCUUUUCAUCUGCGAAUGAAUGCUUCAAGAGUCUUGCAGACCAACACUUGAUCCACCUCCACACCCAGCACAACCUCACCACUGAUCCUAAGGAUGCUAGGAGGUGUGAAACGCUCCAGAUCACUGCAGUCCUUGACCUGGAGUUUACUAACACUAUGCUCGCACAGUUCGCUUAUGAUCUACCCUGGUGGCUAUUGUUGGUAGGCCCUGAUAUGUGGCUGAAGCGAGGCUACACCAUGGCAGAUUUUGUGGCUCAGUAUACACCUAGAUUGAAACAGUCUCUAUACGCCCUUGAGCAGAUAGAAGCUGAGAAGUGUAGGAAAAAGUCCAAUGUGCAGCGCAUUUCCAAGUUAAUGCGCAACUCUUGGACGAGCGGAGAGUUAUGGUUCAAUUUCACAGAUAGAAAGAGCUUGGAUGUGGAUGCCAUCUUCUAUCACCAGUUAGACAUGAUUUAUUUGGGGGUAAACCUAAUGUCAACUUGCUUGACGACAAGGUGA